GGAUUCCGAACCAUACGUGAACAGAUAAGCCUUGGUCACCUUCAAUGGUGGUGACUAGUACCUCAAUAAGCAUGUCGACAUGCAAAUCUGUUCUCCGCCAAUGGCCUCGCUAUCUCCGCCGCCAAACCCCGUCCGUUUCCCUGUCGCAUUCUAAUCGGUUGGUGCUGCAACAACGACCGCGUCUUGCGCUUCGCCGAACAUAUGCUUCCAUCUCCGCCGCAGAACUCAAAUUCGGACAGCCCCUACACGAGACACACCCUCACAUCUUGAAUCCUGGUGAAUUGACCCCAGGAAUCACCGCCCUCGAAUAUGCCCAGCGCCGCUCGCGACUCGCGAACAAAUUACCCAAGCAUGCCGUAGCAGUGCUGGCUGCCUCCGAGGUUACCUAUCGCGCAGCGGGGAUCUUCAAUGAAUACCGACAAGACUCCAACUUCUUCUAUCUCACUGGUUUCAACGAGCCCAGUGCGCUAGCCAUCAUCGCAAACGAUGGAUCGGGAAACAACCACCUCUUCCACUUGUACGUGCGCGAGAAGGAUGCAAAGGCCGAACUCUGGGACGGAGCCCGGUCCGGCACCCGCGCUGCAAUUGAUGUGUUCAACGCAGACGAGUCAGGAGAUAUCGACCGAAUCGGAGACCUGCUGCCUAAGAUUCUCUCUGACGCCACGGAGAUCUACACGGAUAUUCCCGCCUUGAACCCUGGCCGAUCGUCCCUCCAUAGAUACCUGUACGGCCCCACGGGUGCCUCCGAGAAGUUGAAGAAACUGGUCGACUACCGCAAGGUCAAGCCCUUGAAGCCGAUACUGAAUGAGAUGAGGGUCUUCAAAAGCGAAGACGAGGUUGUACAGAUGCGCCGCGUCGGACAGGCUUCGGGCAGGGCGUUUACCGAGGCAAUGAGACAGACCUUCACCAAAGAGAAGGAUUUGACUGCAUACCUCGAGUAUAACUUUAGGCGGAAUGGCUGCGAUCACAGCGCAUUCGUUCCGGUUGUUGCGGGCGGUUCGAACGCAUUGAGCAUCCACUACACCAGAAAUGAUGAUGUCCUCAGAGCUGGAGACAUGGUCCUCGUGGACGGUGGCGGAGAAGCGGGCACCUAUGUGUCUGACAUCACACGAUCUUGGCCUGUCAAUGGCAAGUUCACCGACCCUCAGAAGGACCUGUAUAAUGCCGUUUUGAACGUGCACCGUAAAUGUGUCUCCCUCUGUAGGGAAGAUGCAGGAAUUAGUCUGGACCGAUUACAUACGAUUGCUGAGAACGGUCUGCGUGAUCAGUUGAUACAACUUGGGUUUGACGUCUCUGGAGACGCAAUGGGAAUCCUUUUCCCUCACCACGUUGGACACUAUGUUGGACUGGACGUCCAUGACUGCUCCGGGUACUCUCGAGGCUAUGACCUGCGGGCAGGCCAGUGCAUCACAGUUGAGCCUGGACUUUAUGUUCCUGAAAGCGACCGUUGGCCAGAGAAGUUCCGGGGUAUCGGUAUUCGCAUUGAGGACAGCGUUUGUGUCGGAGACGAGAACCCUAUUGUUCUGACCACCGAAGCCGUCAAAGAGGUCGACGACAUCGAAGCCCUCCGGGAUUAGGAUAGAAGGAACAGGAACAUUGUAUAGAUACCCUUCUGAUUGAAUUGUAAACUAGAACAGCUCUUCUACUUUCAUAGGUGAUUACCGUGUGUCGGUGCAGGUAAACAUACAAACCAAGUUUCCAUGAUGGAAUAGACGUCAUACAUUUUAUGUUGCAUCAAUCAAUGGUUGUGACUGGACGCGUCCCGGUUUGGGUCAAUGUCGAGACAAAGUGUGCAAAUUUAAG